AUGUGGUUUUUGUCAGUUGUUCGAGAAGACUUCAGAGGUGGAAAAAUUAACCUAGAAAAAGCUCUGAAAUUACUUGAAAAAUUUAAUAUUCAAUGUAAUUAUAUUCAUGUGAAGUAUAUUUUUAAGGAUAAUGACAGGCUGAAGCAAGGAAGAAUCACCAUAGAAGAAUUUAGAUCAAUUUAUCGAAGUAUUGUACACAGAGAAGAAAUUAUGGAGAUUUUCAAUGCGUAUGCUGAAAACCGGAAAUUUCUUUUUGAAAAAAAUCUGGAUGACUUUUUGACACAAGAGCAGUAUAUAUUUAACAUGAGUAAAAGUAUUGCUUCUGAGAUCAUUCAAAAAUAUGAGCCUAUUGAAGAAGUUAAGCAAGCAAGCCAGAUGUCAUUUGAAGGUUUUUCAAGAUUCCUGUGCUCAUCUGAUUGCCUACUAUUUAGUAAAGAAUUUAAUAAUGUUUAUCAAGAUAUGCACCAUCCAUUAAGUGAUUACUUUAUCUCAAGUUCACAUAAUACAUACUUGAUAUCUGACCAAUUAGUGGGGCCAAGUGACAUUUGGGGAUAUGAAAGUGCCCUUGUGAAAGGAUGCCGGUGUCUGGAAAUUGAUUGCUGGGAUGGAUCACAAAAUGAACCUGUUGUGUACCAUGGUUAUACACUCACCAGCAAACUCUUGUUUAAAACUGUUAUUCAAGCCAUACACAAAUAUGCAUUCAUAACAUCUGACUACCCAGUGGUGCUCUCUUUAGAAAAUCACUGCUCUCCUCCCCAACAAGAAGUGAUAGCAGACAUUUUGCAUUCUAUUUUGGGAGAUGCCUUGCUGUCUGAUAUUCUUGAUGAUUUUCUAGACAAACUACCUUCACCAGAGGCAUUAAAAUUCAAAAUAUUAGUUAGAAACAAGAAAAUAGGAACUUUAAUAGAAACCCAUUCAAGGAAAGGUUUGGAUAAGCAUGGUAAAAUAGAGGAAUAUGAAGAAUAUGAAGAUGUAGAUCCAGAAGAGGAAGUUCACAAAGCCAAAAGUUCAAGACUAGUAAUUACUUUAACAGACAGUCCAGAAAAGGAAACAGAGUCAAAGACUUCAGCUGGAUUAGCGUUUUUCAGGAAAAAGAAGGUAAAAGUGGCUUUGGCCUUAUCUGAUCUUGUCAUUUAUACUAAAGCUGAGAAGUUCAGAGACUUUAACUAUUCAAGAGAGUAUCAAAAAUUCUAUGAAAGUAAUUCUAUUGAGGAGUCAACAGCUCGAAAACUUUCCAAGUUAAAAGCCCAUGAUUUUAUUCUUCACACCACGAAGUUCAUUACCAGAAUAUACCCCAAAGCACUAAGAGCAGACUCUUCUAAUUUUAAUCCUCAAGAAUUUUGGAAUAUAGGUUGUCAAAUGGUGGCCUUAAAUUUCCAGACCCCUGGUGUGCCUAUGGACAUUCAAAAUGGGAAAUUUUUGGAUAAUGGUGGUUCUGGAUAUAUUUUGAAACCACGAUUCCUAAGAGAUACUGAAACAGAGUUUAAUCCACAGAAAACACCAGAAGACAGCAAGCCAGUUACACUUACAAUAAAGGUUAUCAGUGGUAUCCAGUUGCCUCCCAGUAUUCAUUCAUCAUCUAACAAAGCUGACACAUUAGUGAUUAUAGAAAUUUUUGGUGUUCCAAAUGAUCAAGUGAAACAGCAGACUCAUGUAGUUAAAAAAAAUGCUUUUAGUCCAAGAUGGAAUGAAACGUUCACAUUUAUUAUCCAGGUGCCAGAAUUGGCAUUGAUACGUUUUGUUGUGGAAAGUCAAAAUAUAAUAGCCGAAAAUGAAUUUCUUGGGCAAUAUACUAUACCACUUUUAUGCAUGGGCAAAGGUUACCGUCGCGUUCCUCUGUUUUCCAAAUCUGGGGAGGAUCUUGAGCCUGCUUCACUGUUUGUUUAUGUUUGGUACAUCAGAUAG